CAGGAUAAAAAGUAUUUUAAUACCAACAAUAAAAAAUAGUUGUGUUGGAGUACCGGGUACCUGUUUUCAGUCCCUUGACCAUUGGCCUUCAACGGAACGACAGCCAACCAAAAGAACAGCACAGCACGGCAGCACGCACGGCAGCACAACAGACAAGCCUGACCCCCUCCUCCCAUCCACACACACACACACACACAAACAAAACCGCGCCGGAUCAUCAUCGCUGAGCGAGCCAGCUGCGACAUCGUCUCUGUGUCUUGUGUUUGCGUGCUUGACCGGACGUCACAACAUCACAUCACUACAGUUUUGGGCCCAAAGCAGACAACCCCCCCCAGCCUCCUUCCUUCCUCUCUAGCCUCACAUCACAGCAGCAGACUCGCGCAGCUGCCUCUGUUUGUUGGUGUAGCAGUUAUUGUUGGUGUUGGGUUUUUGUUGUCUCCGUUUGAUUUUUUCACACGCUGUGUCAAACCCCCUCCAACUUUUCCCCAUCUCCGCCCAUCCAGCCAGCCCCCCCCCCCCCCACACACACACACACAAACCCUUCACAAUGGCAAAGAGAGCCGACACUUUCAACCUCUCAGACUUGUCCAAGCUGAGCCAGGAUGACCGUAUCGCUGCCAUGCGCAUGGUCGCCGAGGGCGAGAUGACCAUCGACGAGGCCAUUGCCAAACUCAAGACGCAAACAGGGUCUGCAGACAAGUCCAUGACGCUCAAGGGCGUGGGCCACUUUGGCCGCGGCUUUGCCCGUCGUGCCUUCCGUCAGAACCGCGGCCGCCUCUUCCUGGACAUCCGCGUGCAGAAGGCGUCUGCGUUUUGCGUGCUCACCGUGACGGUUCGCGAGGGCCGCGAUCUCAUUGCCAUGAACAAGAACAACACCGCCGAUCCACAGCUCAAGAUCUGGCUCACCCCAGACGAGAAGGCCACCAAGAAGAAGUCCAAUGUCCGCAAGAACACCGUCAACCCCAUGUUCAACGAGACGUUCCGCUGGGAGGUGCGCACGGGCGACGUGGAGAACAGGCAGCUCAAGCUCGUCGUGUCCGAGUACAGCAAGCUGCGGCGCUCGCAGUUUAUGGGCUCCAUGACCUUCCCACUGGCUGAGCUGUUUGAGGAUGGCCACCGCGAGGGCUGGUUCCGCCUCCUCGACGCUAAGAAGGGCGAUUUCCAGUACAUCCCCUUCAGGCCAAAGGUCAAGGAUGACACUCAAGUCAGCGUGCGCAAGGGCGGCCAACAAGCACAAGCAAAGAUGCCGCCGGCGCCAAGCAGAGCCAAACCCGCGCCCGCCCCUGCCCAGGAGCCUGCCAAGAGUGAAUCACGUGCGCAAACCCUCUCCAAAACCCAAUCAGCUGCCAAGGACUUUGGCAAAGUCGACCAGUCAACCUUCACAUACCUCAAAGUGCUUGGGCAAGGUAGCUUCGGUAAGGUGCUGAUGGCGGAACACAAAAAGUCACGUGACGUGUACGCUGUCAAGGUGUUGAAGAAAGAGGUGGUUGUUGAGGAUGACGAUGUGGACUGCACCAUGACGGAGCGGAGCGUGCUCGCCAUGGCCAGCCGCUGCCCGUUCCUGACCACCCUCGUCGCCUCCUUCCAGACCCCAGAGCACCUCUACUUUGUCAUGGAGUUUGUCACCGGUGGUGACCUCAUGUUCCACAUCCAGAAGCUCAAGCGCUUCAGCUACGAGCAAACCGCCUUUUACGCAGGCGAGAUUUGCCUUGGCCUCUGGUACAUGCACAGCCAUGGCGUCCUGUACCGUGAUCUCAAGCUUGACAACGUCAUGCUCGCUGGCGAUGGCCACAUCAAGAUUGCUGAUUUCGGCAUGUGUAAGGAGAACAUUUGGGGUGCGGGUACAACAACCACCUUCUGCGGCACCCCCGGCUACCUUGCACCGGAGAUCAUCCGCGAGCUGCCCUACGGCGCGUCUGUCGACUUUUGGUCGCUGGGCGUGCUCGUGUACGAGAUGCUUGUUGGCGACUCGCCGUUUGAGGGCGAUGAUGAGGAGGAGCUCUUUGACCAGAUUCUGCACCACAAGGUGGAGUUUCCCUCGCGGUUGUCUGCAGACUGCAAGGCGUUUGUGGACAGCCUGUUGACGCGUGACCCGCGCCACCGCCUCGGCUGCGGCCCUUCUGGCCAGCAGGAUGUCAAGGCACACCCCUUCUUCAAGAUUAUCGACUGGGCGAAGCUGGAGAAGCGCGAGGUGAAGCCGCCGUACGUGCCGCGCGUGAAUGAUCCCCGCAACGCAGACUGCUUCGAUCCCGAGUUUACAGAAGCAGACACGCGCCUGUCCCCGGCAGACCCGUACGCGAUUGCCAACAUUGACCAGGGCGUCUUCCGCAACUUCUCCUUCCUCAACGACGGCUACUUUGGCGGCGAGCAGGGCUCUGCCAAGGUUGUGGAGGACCCGCUUGUGCGUCGCCCGGCGCUGUUUGACUAUGCGUGGUACCGCCCCGAUCUCCCACGUGAGGAGGCAGCCAGGAACCUCCGCGGGAAGCCCGUCGGCACCUUCUUUGUCCGCGAGUCCUCCAGUCAGCCAGGAUGCUAUGCCAUUGCAAUGGUGUCUGAGAACAACAAGAUUUGGAACGGUCUCGUGACGCCCAGCAUCACCAGCGACAACCGCACGCUGUACAAGUUGUUUGUCAAGCAGAAGUUUGAGAGCUUACCUGAGCUGAUUGAUUAUUACUGCUCCCAUCCCGUGACCACGGGGCCGUCGGGCAAGAAGCUCUGCUUGCGCAAGUAAUCACUCACCACCACAGCCACAUCCCUCUCUGUCCAAUAUCUUUGUUGGUUUGUCGGUCGAGUUGGCUGGUCAGCUGGUAGGCCGGUUGGUUGCCUGCCUGCCUGCCUGCCUGCUUCACGCACUGCCAGUUUCUUCUUCCAUUCUCGACAGGAGCCACCAAUAGUCUCCUUCCGUUUUGCCUUUUUGUUUUAUGUUACGUUGUUGUCCCGUCACACAUCAGAAAGUCAAGUUCAACUUCCCCCCUCCCCACUCCCCUGCCUGUGUCGCUUGUCACCUAUUUGACUCUUUUGUGCUUUUCCGCUUCCCACCUGUUCUUCUGGUCGCCAUCGUGUGUCUUGUUGGCCGGCCUCCCUUUCGUGUUACUGACACAGACACGGUGCUGGCGUUCAGUGAUGAUGAUGAUGAUGAUGAUGAUGGCUUGACCUUGUUGUCUUUUUGUAGCGUGCCAUUCAUAUCUCUGCUGCCCCUUCCUUGUUUUCCACACCUUGCUUGAUGUGUGUGUGUGUGUGUGCAAUGAGCGCUGGCUGUCCUCUCUUUGUGCGAUGUUGUUUCUCUCUCUCUCCCCGCUGUUAUCCUUAUGUGGGUACCGGCCGUGCUCUGCACCUUCCCUUGUCAUCGUCGUCGUCUUCUCCUGCUUCCACGUCCCUCUGUUGUUGUGUUGUCGUCGUUGUCGUCGUUGUCGUCGUUGCUGUGCUGCUUCACACGCUCGUGCGUGUGCGUAUGCACAUGUUCCUUCGCUCGCUUGUAGUUGCCUGCUUGCUUGUGCCUGCUUCUUUGCUUGCUUGUCUGGUUGUAUGUGUGUGUGUGAGGCAUGCGUGCCCUUGCAUCAGUCCAGUCCAGUCCAGUCCAGUCCAGUCCAUACACGCGAUCAUGG